AUGGAGACCUCAAUGACAGUUCCACUGCAUAGGUUUUUGCCGUUAAGAGACUCUACAACAUACCUAGUAACUGAAAACGGCAUGCAGAAAGACAAUUGUACAGAUGGAAUACAGUGGAUUGAACGGGUUUUUUCUGACUGUGUUGAUACGAACGUCAAGUUAGUAGGUUUCAUCGUUGGUUUCAUAUCAUUGCUUUUGUGGUUGUUGCCAUUAAUUCCCCAGUUAAUUCAGCAUUUUCGUACCAAGCGCUGCGAGGGACUAUCAAUAUUUUUUCUCCUGUUUUGGAUUGUCGGGGAUUCGUGUAAUAUGGCAGGGGCUAUUUUGACCAAUCAGCAGGCAAUGCAGAAAAUUAUUGGAUGUUAUUAUAUAUUUCAGGCACCUCGAAGUAGCGCUAUGACUAGUUCUACGCUGGUUGUCCCAGUUAUGCUUCUCGGUUUUUUUGCUGGUAGCAUGGUUUAUUCUGCAACUCUUGUACCCGAUACACUGAGCUAUGGUGUACAGACGCCAGUGUCAGCGGGAAGGCGGUUGUUACAAAUAACGGAGAGGGUAAAGACACCUCCAUUUUUCAAUGGAUAUUUCGACAUGUUGGGUUAUGUUUUUGGCUCAAUUUCCGCGCUUUGUUACUUUCUUGGCCGCAUACCUCAACUGAUCAGGAAUUAUAAUCGGAAGAGUUGUGAAGGGCUCUCCUUAUUGAUGUUUUAUAUCAUCAUCAGCGCAAACUUCACCUAUGGUGUCUCGGUUUUGCUCGAGGCUUCCGGAUGGCACUAUAUUUUGCGCCACUUACCCUGGUUGGCUGGCAGUUUAGGAUGUUGUUUAUGUGAUAUUGCUAUGGUUUCCCAGUACUAUCAUUAUGAAAAACUAAACCGUACUGCAUUUGAUCCAGAAACUGAUGCGCUUUUAACUGAUGAUAAUGAUUAA